UUUGACCAAUCAGAUAACAGAGUUAAAGGCUUAUAGCCUAGUACAGACGUUCGACAUGUGGAUUAAUAUUAGAAGAAAUUUAUUCGAUAAUAUUUAUUAGAAUUUCUUUUAUCGAUAUUAUAAAGAAUUGAUAUCAGUUUAAUUUUAUUUGUAUUAUCGAUUAAAAUGCGUUUUGAUAGUUGACAACAAAUAUUUUUCUUUGUGAUUUUAAGGUUAAGAUAGACAUAAUGUUGUUAAUACAUUGUCAACGUUUAAUAAGUAGAUAUGCUAUCAGAAAUAUAUCUACUAAUGUAUCAAAAAAUUUAAUGAAAGAAUACCAUAGUCCUGAACAGAAACGAAGAUUACGAUCAACGGCACUUUAUGUGACUGGUUUGGGUAUACUUGUAGCUGGGCUUAGUUAUGCAGCAGUACCAUUAUACAGAAUAUUUUGUCAGGCAUAUAGUUUUGGAGGAACUGUGGUUGGUCAUGAUAAUAGCAAAAUAGAAUCAAUGAAACCUAUUAAAGAAAGAAAAAUAAAAAUAAAGUUCAGUGCUGAUACAGGUGCAUCAAUGGCAUGGAAUUUUAAACCUUUACAACGUGAAAUAACUGUAGUCCCUGGAGAGACCGCAUUGGCAUUUUAUACCGCUAAAAAUCCAACAGAUAAACCUGUUAUAGGCAUAUCUACGUAUAAUGUACUUCCAUUUGAGGUAGGACAGUAUUUCAAUAAAAUUCAAUGCUUUUGCUUUGAAGAGCAAUUAUUGAAUCCUCACGAACAGGUCGAUAUGCCAGUAUUCUUUUAUAUAGAUCCAGAGUUCAAUGAAGAUCCUAAAAUGGAGUUUAUCGAUGAUAUAACACUGUCGUAUACAUUUUUUGAAUCAAAAGAAGACCUCAAUCUUCCUUUGCCGAGUUAUAUUAAAAAAUACGUAGCUUCGUAAUGAAACACAAGUUUGUCCUUUCAUAAUGUACAAAAGAAAUAUAGUGGAUUUUUUAAUUGAAUCAUUUAAAUUUCAAUUUUAAUCUA